UGUAUGGAUAAUGAUGUGUAGACAAUAAAAGACAUCGAUGACAUUCGUCGAUGAAGCACAGGCAUACGCAUUAGCAUUCGCAGCCGCCGCGUUUGCAAUUCGGGACGAAAAACAAUCUCCCGCCGAUGUUAAAGCCGUUUACGUGGUACGUAUGAACGCGCGAACGAAAGCGGAAUCCUCCGGCGUGUAAUCCGAGUGGAUAAUGGACAACGAACGGAGAAAAAAAAGGGGGGAGGUGGAGAAAAACAAAAAGAGGCUAUAUCCUGUCUCUCUCUCUCGUCGCCGCGGCAGCCGAAUCCGUCCGUAGGAUGGGUUGACGAUAGAGGUGGCGAGCGCGCAAGCGGCUGCCUAGAGAAUGAAGCGUAGGGGGCGAAUCAGUGCGAAUGGAAGUGGACAUUAGGUCGACCGCGCGAUCCGCGUCCUCCACGCGCGCGUCCGUCGGUAGAGUAUCGCGCGGCGCGGCACCACGAAGACGUACGAGCGUCGUCCGAGCGUUGCCGAAGCGACGAACCCUCUGUCCUCUCGACGUAGCGUCGCCCCACCACAUCCAGUCUUACCGCGAAUGCCAUAUCGUGUACGUCGUAUGCGUGCUGCCUCGUGUGUUUCUCCCUCAUAACGGCGAUGUGUUUUUGAGGGCCGAAAACACGGAGACGAACGAUCACGUUUGAAAAUACACGGCGCUCGCCGGCGUCUUGUUCUCUCUUUCUUUCUGUCUCUGCCGUGAAUUUUGUCUUUCGCCGAAAUCAUCUUCAAGGAGCGGUAACGAUCGCCGCAAAGUUCGGCGCGUUUUUCUAUCGUUCGACCGUAUCGCGUCGGCGAAGGAAAAAAAAGCGACAGUAAAACAGUGAAGAGAGGGGGAGACAGAGCGCGUGCUGCUCGUGGUUCUGCGAAACAGACGACGAUCGACGCCGUCGCCGCCCCGUUGUCAUCGGCCGAUGUGUGGAAAGUGUGCGAGUCAACAAGCAGUCGUAUUGUAUUAAACACUGCUGCGAAACGCGCGACAGUCUCAUUCGGGACAGAGAAGCAUCGUUCCGAAUUAAAACGCGUGCACCGGUUGUCAUUGUUUGUUAUCGUUUUGAAUAUUCAAAACAAAAAUAAUUGGCGCGAAGUGGUGACUCGCCGCGAAGAUCGUGAGAGCUUUUACACGCGCGACUGGUAAGCCCCGAAGUAGGAAGAAUCACGCGAUAACAGAGCGUGUGAUCGCGCGAAGAUGCAUUUCGGAUGGACGAUGACGCCGCGACGUCUGUAACAGUCGCCGCCGUCGGGUAUUAUUAGAUAUUAUUGUCGUUUGUUUACGCGAAUCCAUCGUCGCGGUCACGGUAUAUCGACGUCACGCGGGUUAUGACGCGCCGCGCCGUUUAGGGACGCUUUUGAGAGCGCGUACCGAAACCGGAGUUCCGAAAAUCGCGAGUGCGUGCGUGCGUGCGCGACGACGAUGACCGUCCCGACGGCCGACUCCUGGUCGUCGGGCCCGGCGACAGGCAAGGAAUCGUCCUGCCUGGAGGCGUCGAUGCCGCGGAAGUUUCGAGAUGAGGUCCGCCGCGCGGAAACCGCGGGCCCCAAUUGGACGAUGUGCGUCGUCUGCUUGGUCAUGUUGGCCGGCUAUGGUCUGCUCUUCUAUCGCCAGCGGUGCCUGGAGGCCAAAAUCGUCACUCUGGAGGUCGAGUGUCUACGUGUCGAGCAGUCACCGCCGUUGGAUGUCAUCGUGCAGAGGAUGAAGUUGGAGCUACAGGAGCACCUGCUGCAGGCGCAACGGUCCGCAUCAGCCGAUUCCACGGUCUUCAGGCCUAAGCGCGAUGUCUCCGAAUGCAUGUGUCCUCCAGGUCCACCCGGUGAACCAGGUCCACCCGGAAAGAGGGGCAAGAAAGGAAAGAAGGGCGAUCCCGGGGAGCCCGGUGCGCCGGGUGUGGCCGGGACGCCGGGCAAGAACGGUUUUCCGGGACCCAUCGGCUUGGACGGACCCAAAGGUGAUCCGGGCCGACCCGGCGACAAAGGGCAGAAGGGUGAGCUGGGCAGCCCCGGAUUUGACGUCUUGUCCGCAGUGAAGGUCAAUGCACAGGGAUUGGGGUUAAAGAGGUCGGUGACGACGCUCCGCGGCGGGACGCUUGGCUACGCGGAAAUCGUCGCCCUCAAGGGAGAACCGGGUGAACCCGGGCCGCCGGGACCACCCGGUCCGCCAGGAUCCGAGGGUCUUCCUGGGCACGAGGGCAGACAGGGGAUUCCAGGCGAGGUCGGCGCGCCGGGGGAGAAGGGUCCGCCAGGGCCGAUCGGGCCCGUCGGCCCGCCAGGCACGCCAGGACUUGCAGGUCCCAAGGGUGACAGGGGUGAUAAAGGCGAUCGAGGCUACACGACGACCUUGAAGGGCGAACAGUUUCCGAGCGGAGUAUUCGAAGGCCCACCUGGUCCACCAGGACCACCUGGGCCACAGGGCGAGAAGGGAGAACUGGGCCCGACGGGACCGCCCGGCCUGCCCGGCGAGAAGGGUGCUCGGGGAAAACCAGGGAAGAGGGGUUUCAAGGGUGAGAGCGGUGCGGCAGUGGCGAGGGGUGCCCCCGGCCUGUCGGGAACAAAGGGUGAGCCCGGCGAACGGGGUUACCGGGGCGAUAAAGGCGCCAAGGGAGACGCGGGUACAUCAGGGCCCAAGGGAGAGAUGGGACUGCAGGGCUUCCAGGGGCUCAACGGUACCGCCGGCGAACCCGGUAUUCAAGGACCUCCUGGAUUACCGGGAAUAUCCGGACCCAAAGGUGAAAAAGGUGAUUACGGUGACAUCGGUCCUCCUGGCCUUAUGGGACCUCCGGGUCUACCCGGCCCACCGGGCUAUCCUGGACUGAAAGGCGAGAAAGGAGAGAAAGGCGAAUCGAAGUACAAAAAGCUCAGACGAAGACAGGGAGACGGCACGUUCGAGAUGAACGCCGGGGAAGUGAUAAUGGGCCCGCCAGGACCUCCAGGACCCGCUGGUACUCCCGGACUGCAGGGUCCGCCCGGGAUAAAGGGUGACAGAGGACACGACGGCGCCAAGGGCGAUCCUGGAGAAAAGGGUGCCAAAGGGGAUCCUGGUCCGAUGGGACUGCCCGGGCCCAUGGGACUGAGAGGAGAGUCCGGAAAGCCCGGGGAUUCCGGGAAACCUGGCGCCACGGGACCACCAGGAUUAGACGGCAUGAAGGGCGCGCAGGGCGACCCAGGAACGAAGGGCGAAAGGGGAGAUCCGGGAUUGCCUGGUACCGACGGGAUUCCCGGCGCGGAGGGACCGAAGGGAGAGAAAGGUGCCAAAGGCGAAUCUGGCCCGCCGGGUAAACGCGGCAGAAAAGGCGACAAAGGCAACAAGGGGGAUCAAGGUGUACCAGGACUCGACGCGCCGUGUCCGCUGGGACCGGACGGACUUCCUCUGCCGGGCUGCGGCUGGAGGCCACCGCAGCCGAGGAGCAACAUUCUGCGUCAAUGGCUGGAAGAGGAGGAGGAGGAGGAAGAGGAGGAGGGACACGAGCGGCAGUGAUGUUGCAAGGACAAUAGCGCAUUUUUCAUAAGGACUUCUGUAUAUCCUCCUGUUCCCGCCAACCCGUCUCGUUACGACUGCGUUACGAAACAAAAAAAAAAAAAAUUAUAUUAUAUAUAUACCAAAAUAAUCAUCUUGCCAUCGAGUGUUGUAAAUACGUGUACUUACAGUGUCUAGCGUCCGCAGUGCGUGUACAUAAAUAAUUAGAGCUUACUGCGAAUCUACAAUCGUAUCCCGGCGACGUUCGUGUCGUCGGACCCGUACGAUUUAUACUGUAAACGUCACACACACAAAGUAUACGGUGACCGAUCCGCCGUACGAUCGGCACUACCGGUUUCCAAGUGCGCGGCUUGCUCCCCGCGUGGGAAAAAGAGGAACGAUCCGGGAUGUAUGACCGCGGUCCUUGGAUCGUCGUUAGGACCGCUGCGAAGACAUUGGAAUAAACCCCGAUCGGAGUUGAUCCCGGAGAGAGUCGCAGUGAAGUGCGCGUGUAGGACAUUUCGUGGACGAGCGUGAUGGCGCGAGUUGGGAAGAAAAACGCAUAUCCGCUUACCGGGCACACACGAACGCUCGAUGCGUCUCCAUGCGAACGAAUGGAUUUUUUUCGCAGCGAUUGCAGCGAGCGCGAUGAGAUACGCAGAGGCGAGGAAGGGAAAGUCGCAAUGCGAUCUGACGGAUUAGCUCUUAGUCGCGACCUGAAGUGCAUUUCCAAUUUCUUUUUCCUUCACAAAUAUUUUGCAUGAAAAUUCGUCGCUGUGCCGUUGAUUCACUCAAAGGGCGAGAGAGAUACGUGUACAAAUAUAUCUUCAAAAAUUCCUUAAAAAUUGUACACUCAACAAUUUUGCGUACGAAAUUGUCAGGUCGCCUCUUAGCUAAUCCUAUUAGAAGAAGAAAAAAAAACGUACGCUAAACCGUACCUGUGAAGAAAUCUUCGCCGUUAUUAAUCAUAGGGCAAGGUAGACUCGCGCGUAGACGCUCGCGAAGAGAGAGACACUUUUUGAUACGACUAGUUGAUUAGUGGCGCGCAUCCCGCGUUACUCCCGUCUAGAUUAGCAUCGUACUACCGCUAGCUGUAAUGCAAAGAAAGAAAAGUACGACUUUACACAACAUACACAUGCCUAUGCAUACACAUACUUUGUCAAUACUUUCAAGGUAUCGCGCAAUAAAUCAAGUAAGUGUA